GUUCUUUUCUUAAAUUUAGUGCUAGUCAAGGUGAGGAAAGGUUUCUUUCAUUCUACUAGGGGCCUUAAACAAGGAGACCCUUUAUCUCCCUCUCUUUUUGUUCUUGGGGCAGAAGUGCUCUCUAUCAUGCUCAAUUAAUUGCCCCAUAUUGAUCAGUAUAGGGGGUUCACCAUGCCUCCUAAUGCCCCCCAAAUUACUCACCUUGCGUAUGCAAAUGGUGUAAUUAUUUUUACUUCUGGUGGAAAGAGAUCCUUAAAGUUGGUGAUGCAUCAACUUGAGAAUUAUCAAAAUGUUCUGGACAAAGGAUCAACAUCAACAAGAGUUGCUUCUUUUGUACAGCCCAAAGCCACCGGCAACAUCAUUCAAAGGAUCAAAGAGGUAACUGGCUAUAAACAUUCUGAAUUUCCUAUUACUUACCUGGGUUGUCCUUUGUAUGUAGGGAGACAGAAAAUUGCCUUCUUCAGUGAUAUGAUCUCCAAAUUGGUGAAAAAGGCUACUGGAUGGCAAGGUAAGCUGUUAUCUAUUGGGAGAAAAGCUACUUUAAUCAGGUUUGGGCGUGAUGUUGUUUCUAAUUGUUUUUGUUGUCCUAAUCGUCUUGGAGAUACCAUUCAUCAUACUUUCAUCGGUGGUACUAUUGCUAAAUAUAUUUGGAUUUUUUUUGGGAAUCCCCUUGGAAUUUCCUGGGAGGAUAUUCCCAUCAGAAGUAUUGUUUCAAAUAUGGUGGACUAUCAGGCCAAAAAACUUUCUUCAUCAUACUAUUUUACAAAUUACUCCUAUAGUAAUUUGUUGGGAGAUAUGGAAAGUCAGGUGCUCAGUUAUUUAUGGAGGCAAGAAAUGUUAUGCUAAAGGUGUUGUUUUCCAGAUUCUUAAUCACUUGAAAUGAGUAAUUUCCAAAGCCAAAACAAAGAGGAACUGGGAUAUCAAAUGGGAAGAGAUCUGUCAACAAAUCAUGCUUCUAAUCCCCAAGAUUGAAUGUACUAUUGUUAAAUGGUACAAGCCUCCUGAGAAUUAUUUGAAAAUCAACACUGAUGGUCGCAGGGACUCUAAUGGAAGGGCUGGAACUGAGGCAUAUGCAGAGAUCACAAAGGCAAUUUAGUUAUGGCUUUUGCUUCUACUUUUGGUCACAAUUCAAGUAAUAUGACUGAAGCCAUAGCAGCCUUGAUUGGACCGGAAUGGUGUUUUCUUAAUGGGCACGAUAAUAUUAUUCUUGAAUGUGACUCUAUGAUUGUGAUAGAAAUGAUAAAAGACAUUUAUAAUAUUCCUUGGCAGAUGAAAGAUAUCAUUUUGCAAAUUCAAAACAUUACAAGGAACAUUAGUUGUGAAGUUCAACAUUGCUAUAGGGAAGCUAAUCAAGUCGCAGAUGCACUAGCCAAAUGGAGCAUUAUUAAUGAAGAGCUGUUGAUUUACUCGCACACUAAUCUCCCCUCCAUAGCUAUUGGGCCUUAUAAAUUGGACCUCAUUCAGAUGGCAUCACUAAGGCAUAAACAAAGGAGGAAUAUUUUUGUAUAAAUUGGGUCCAGUUGAUUCUCGAAGCUUGUUUUUUUUUUUGCCUUAACACACUGGACCCUUUGUAUAUGUUGUGCAGAACUUGUAAAGUUGUGAUUUAGAUAGUUUAUUCUCUAGCUUGUUCUGUAAUUUAGGGUUGGACUCAUCCCCCUACUCUUUGUAAUCCCUUAUCGGUGUUAUAAAAUGUUGCACCACCAUACGACGGAAAAUUAAAAAAAAGAAGAAGUGUUGGUCAAGACUCUACAUAAAUUGUGACGGAGGAAAUAAAAAAAAAUACUUAUACUAUAUAAUCAUUAAUGUCUUGGUUCCUGAAAUUAAGAUGUGAUGAUUACAAAAGUUUUUUUUUUUUUUUUUUUU